AAUGGUUACGUAACGGAAGAGGAGGGACUCGAGUUGUUGCAAUUAGCAUUUAAAACAGGGACUUUCCAAAAAUUUGCUUCCUCAGGUGGAAAGUACAGUACGUAGUUUACAUUGUACUGAAUACACAGUGCAGCGUACUGACGGAAGUAAUUCGAUUUGAGACACACAGUCAUUGUAUUUGAAAGCACUGCCAGGCAGGAAGUUGACGCUACAGGUGUCGUCACGGCUACGCGGGAAGUGCUUAAAACGUUUAAGGGGCACAAUGAGGGCGGGUCAUCAUUCGUUGUAGAGUCAUAUCGAACGCGGUUCGUUGAGGUGAUCGGUAGCCACAUUUAGGUCGCCGGCAUGCUCUUGUCUCUGCUGGAUCUGUGGACAGCCCAUUGGGAGUUUGUCUCCUUCAGAGCUGACACCGUGCUCGUAUGCUCGCUCACGGCCGCACUGUGCUACCUGUGGGCCCGCAAGGGUCAGAGGCCCGUCCUGGUGUGCAGCGAGGCUUUCCAUAGUUUCCUCCAGCAGCACUGUCCCGUCGUGAUGGAGAGCUUCAGUCCAACGCCGUGGUGCUGGGGAGGCCGCCUUCAAACCGUGGUCUCUUACUUCAUCAAGUCCAGACCUCCCGUCACCUAUCGCAAUACACGUAUCCGCACGGAUGAUGGUGGUCAGAUAUCCCUUGACUGGGUGGACAAUCACGCCAGCGCCGCCUACCCAGAAUCCUCCACCCGGCCCACGGUGCUCCUCCUCCCGGGCUUGACGGGGAAUAGCCAGCAACCUUAUGUGCUCCAUGCUGUCAAGCAUGCCACUCGCCAUGGCUACAGAUGUGUGGUCUUCAACAACAGAGGCUUUGGAGGGGAAGAGCUGCUUACCCCAAAGACAUUCUGUGCUGCCAACACCUCAGAUCUGGAACAUGUGGUGCUUCAUGUCAAAAGCCUCUACCCACAAGCCCCUAUCUUUGGUGCUGGUGUCUCUAUGGGGGGAAUGUUAUUGCUGAACUACUUGGGCCGCAAGGGCUCAGAGUCGGGGUUGGUGGCGGGUUUGACCGUGUCCGUCCUCUGGGAUGCGCUCAAGUCGAACACCUCCAUGGAGCAACAUGUCAACUGGCUGCUCUUCAACAAACAGCUCACACACGAACUUUGUAAUACUGUCCUCAGGCACAGGGUGAUUCUGGAGAAAGUAGUGGACAUUGAGAAAGUCCUCCAGGCCCGCUGUAUCAGGGAAUUUGAUGAACGCUUUACCACGCUGCUGUUUGGCUACAAGACAUGCAUAGAAUACUACCAAGAUGCCAGCCCUAACAAAAAACUGCCUCAUAUUUCUGUGCCUGUUUUGUGUCUCAACGCAGCAGACGACCCCUUCUCGCCGCAGAAUGCCUUCCCGGUGGCCAUAGUCCAGGACAUGCCCAACGUGGCACUUUUGGUGACAUCCCAUGGUGGACACAUAGCCUUCAUGGAGGGCUGGUUCCCGCGUGGCGACUCUUACAUGGAACGUGUGUUCAAUCAGUUCAUCCAUGCGGCCUUGGAACACCCACAGGAUAUCAGGAAAGCAUGCGGCCUGGAGCAGGAGCAGAGAUGCUCAGUGUCGGAGCUUAAUUAACUGGACUCGUGGUUGUAGUCAUGCCGGAGCAGCAAAACAAUCGUGGAAGUGUUUGGGUUUACAACUGUAAUGAAGAAUAACACGGUGACAAGUGUGAUCUACCUCAACGCCUCAAUAUUCUGACCCUCCUUGGCGGCCGCACUAGUCACAAAACGUGAUUUAUUUUUAAUUGCCUAAACAUUUGCCAUCACAGUAUAUAUUUAAAGAUCAUAUUUUAAGAUGUUUACCACGGAAUGAUGUCUUGUUUGUGCACUUGUUUCCCCUUUUGAAUCAUGAAUUAGUUUUAAUUGAAAUAUAUAAUUCAACAUUGUAUUUUUUGUCUUCGUUGUUUCCCAUUAUCACCAGAAUUAAAC